UGUCUCCAUGAUUUUUGGACGAAAAAGAAAAAAAAAAAUCCAAAAUAGCUCUUCAGUUUUUUUCUAUUGUGCGCCUCAUUUGGCAAAGAAAUUUUGGGAUUCUAAAUCCUUGCCGAUUGAUGAUCAUUGGGACUGAAAUUUUGUGUGUUUAAGAGUUUAGGUCAUCUCAAUUUUGUAUCCUUUCAAAGAAAAAAAAAUUGGGUGUGUUUUGUUUCGUAUUUAUUAUUAAAAUCAUCAUUCCCAUCUGAACAUUUUGGAAGAAAAAGAAGCCUUAUAAUUGCGAAAAACCAUGGUUGGAGGCCCAACACCUAACCAUGUGAAGAAAAGAUCAAGAAAGAGCAAUGCAAUUGGUGCUAAUGAGAAUGAACCAUUGUUACCAAAAUCUCAAGAAAAUUAUAACGAUGAUGAUGAUUUUAAAGGAUCCUCAUUCGCCAGUGCGACCUUCAAUUUAUCAACCACAAUUAUUGGUGCUGGGAUCAUGGCCUUGCCUGCAACCCUCAAAGUGUUGGGGAUGGUCCCUGGCCUUAUUACUAUCAUUUUCAUGGCUUUCUUGACGGACAAGUCAAUCGAAUUCAUGAUCCGAUUUUCACGCGCCGGCGGCCUUACUUCUUAUGGUGAUCUCAUGGGGGAUGCCUUUGGGAGAUAUGGAAAAGCUGUGCUUCAAAUUAGUGUCAUAAUCAACAAUGUUGGCAUACUUAUUGUUUACAUGAUUAUUAUUGGUGAUGUGCUAUCUGGAACAUCUUCAAGUGAAGAUCACCAUUAUGGAAUACUUGAAGGAUGGUUUGGUGUACAUUGGUGGACAGGCCGUACAGUUGUUCUUAUUUUUACUACACUUGCUAUAUUUCUUCCUUUGGUUAGCUUUAAGAGAAUUGAUUCGUUGAGUUUUACAUCGGCACUAUCAAUUGCACUAGCAGUUGUGUUUCUUGUAGUUGCUGUGGGAAUAGCAAUUUUCAAGAUCAUAAGUGGAGGCAUUGGAAUGCCAAGACUCUUUCCAGUUAUUAAUGAUUUGACAGAUUUCUUCCAACUCUUCACUGUAACUCCUAUUCUUGUCACUGCCUAUAUAUGUCACUACAACGUUCACAACAUAGACAAUGAAAUGGAGGACUCCUCUCAAAUGCAUGGAGUUGUAAGGACAUCCCUUGCAAUGUGUUGUUCAGUGUACCUAUUAACAAGCUUCUUUGGUUUCCUCCUAUUUGGAGAAUCAACUCUUGAAGAUGUCUUAGCAAACUUUGACACUGAUCUUGGAAUCCCUUUCGGCCCUGCGCUUAACGACGCCAUUCGAUUUAGCUACGCCGCGCACAUCAUGCUUGUUUUUCCAGUUGUCUUCUAUCCCCUGCGAAUCAACUUAGAUGGCCUCAUCUUUUCGUCUUCUUCAAGGCCUUUGCUUCAAGAUAACUUGAGAUUCACGUCACUAACCUUAUCUCUUAUUCUUCUAAUAUUUCUUGGUGCAACCUUAAUACCUAGCAUUUGGGACGCUUUUCAGUUCACUGGAGCAACCGCCACCGUUUUUGUAGGGUUUAUUUUCCCGGCUGCCGUCACUCUUAGGGAUCGAUACGACAUUGCAACCAAACAAGACAAGAUUCUUUCGGUUAUGAUGAUCAUAUUGGCAGUAUUCUCAAAUGUUGUGGCUAUAUACAGUGAUGCCAUUGCCUUGGUGAAUAAGGAUAAAAGCAAAACUUCACGUGAAUGACCUCUUCAACAUUAUGUUCAUGGUUUUAGAAGAAAGGAUCAGAAUAGGAGUGAAUAUUUGUAAAAAUAUAUUGUGAAAAUCAUGGGUUUUCUCACAGGCUUUAGUGGGUUGGUAAAUUAUAGAAUGAAAAUAGAGGUUACCCAGCUAUCUUUAUUCAGUUUCAUAUG